AUCAUGGCGGAGGGCGGGGGUACGCCGGGGCUCGAGGUGGUGGUGCAGUCCGCCAAAAACUUGAUCAACCUCGAGAGGAUUGGGAAGAGUGACCCCUACUGUAUCGUGGAGUACAAAGGUGAAGAACAACAAACCGAUGUGAUUAGCAAUGACCUAAAUCCAAAAUGGAAUAAGACCCUGACCUUUCAACUCCAUGGCCAAGCAGUUACUGCCAAAGAACUUCUCAAGAUCACCGUGAAGGACCACGAGGUGAUCGGUAGGGACAGACUGCUCGGUCAGUGUGAUGUGCCACUGAGAAAUGUGGCCACUGGACCUAACCGCUCGUGCCAAGUUGACCUCAAACUGAAAGAUGGCAGCCGUCAACCAACUCAGCAAACGAUUAAACUAAAGAUAGACUACACACCGCCACCACCAGGAACAGGAACUCCGGGACGACCAGGUCUUCCGGACGGGGGAGGAGUCGCAGGGUUAACAUUGAGCAGUUUACCCCAAAACUUAUCAACUUCACCGGAAGAUUUCCAGGUCCGUAUCCGGGUCAUUGAGGGCCGUCAGAUUGAGGGCAGUGAUGUUUCACCUGUGGUGAAGGUCGCAGUCAGCAACCAGAUCAAGCAGACACGAGCAGCAAAACACACAUCAAGCCCCUACUUCGACCAGUUAUUUUUCUUCAACUUCAAUGAGUCUCCUGCGGAACUAUUCACAGACUGGAUUGAAUUUGAGGUUUCCAAUGCAAAGAGAUUUCGAAGUAACUCAUUGAUCGGCACGUUUAAGAUACCUAUCGGAGUUGUUUAUAUUCAAGAAGGCCACAGUUUUGUGAGAAAAUGGUUGCUGCUCAGUAACCCCGAGGAUCCGACCGGAGGGGCCAAAGGUUAUCUCAAGGUCACGAUGAUUGUCCUUGGGCCCGGCGAUGACGCUCCUCAAUCUGGGAAAGGAACAGAGGGUGAUGAUGAUGUGGAAUCGAACCUCCUACGUCCAGCUGGUGUGCAGCUCCGUCCCGCCACUCUCUCGCUGAAGGUCUUCCAGGCUGAGGACAUUCCACAGAUGGACAGUGCGGCUUUGGAAGGCAUCAAGAACUUGUUUGGAGCAGGCACUGAAUCCAAAAAGCUUGUGGAUCCGUACUUACAAUUGGAAUUUGCCGGCAAAAAGGUGAAAACAAAAACUCUAUACAAGACAAACUGCCCAGAAUGGAAUGAAGAACUCAAGAUUGCAUUUCAAUUCCCGUCUAUGUGUACCAAAAUCAAGCUGACACUCAAGGACUGGGACCGGUUUGGCAAAGAUGACACCAUAGCUACUGUGUUUCUGGAUGUCGCCGAUGUAUCAUGGCCAGCAGGCGCUCAUGGUUUCCUUCCCACUAUGGGUCCAGCCUUCAUCAACUUCUAUGGUGGACCCCGAGAAUUCAGCGCACUACCUGAUGGGUAUGAUGAGCUUAACAAGGGCAAGGGCGAGGGCGUGGCUUACAGAGGCCGUGUGCUGAUGCAGCUGAGCACCACUAUGGGAGAGCAGCCGGAGGAUGGAACAGAAGUCCUCGACAUCCAGGAAGAGGACCUCCCUGCAGUUGAUAAAUUUAUGAGACGGCGUCGGUUUCGUCUGGCCAUGUUCAUGCUCUCUGCCACGAGGAUGAGGGAAAAGGACACAGAUGGGCCCAUAACCUUCGAAGUCUCCGUGGGAAACUUUGGAGAUGUUCAAGACGCUUCCACACCACCUUCUUCAUCUGCAACACAGCCCACGAACGCAGCGUUUGACGGUACCUAUUAUUACUACCUCCCCUGGGGAAAGAAGAAGCCUGUGCUGACACUGCUGUGUAGUAUUGAGGAUAUUCGCUUCAGAGUCCAGGCCUACAAUCAGCUCAACAGCAUCAUAGACACAAUAAAUCGUCACCUAAACAGAAUCGCUGUGUGUCAACGCGCAAAGGCGUCACAUGAAGUACUUGUUACCUUGGCAACUGCACUCCUGGAUGCUGUCAUUCUGAACUGCAAGAAACCAUUGCCUGCUCCGUUUGAGAACCAAGCAGCAACUGAGAUGGACAACAGCAUAGCUGUGGUUCGGAGGGUGGAGCUGAGGAAGAUUGUGGAGGACGCCUCGAUACUGAGGGGUCAGGAGGAGGCACCCAUCGAUGUGGAGACAGUCGUCAGCAAAGCGGAAGGAUAUGUCGGAAUGCUGAAGAAUCUAGCAAGAGGGCCACCCAGCAGCAUGCCAGACAUCAUGAUCUGGAUGAUUGGUGGGGAGAAGAAGAAGAUUGCGUACUACCGCAUCCCUGCACACGAGGUUCUGUUCUCUCCCAACCCUGACCACAGGGGAAAGUUCUGUGGGAAAAAUCAGACAAUUGUCAUGAAGUACAUGGAGAAGAAGGAUAAGAAGAGGUUGCCGUGCCAGCUGCGUCUGAACCUGUGGUUUGGGCUGCAGCGUCAGGCACACCAGUUCACACGGCAGGGUGCAGAGGGUGUCAUCAACGUGUACGCAGAGACGUACCAGAAUCAGCACCAGGGCCUUAUUCACGGCUGGGAGGAUUGCCAUGGUGACGACCGACCGCCAUGGUCUGAUGUAGCAGGGCUUGUACCUCUGCCUAAGGACAACUUCGUUCCUGCGGAGGGCUGGAAGUGGGCCGGGCCCUGGUUUGUAGACCCCGACCCAAGCAUGUUCCUGGGAAAAGAUGCAGGGUUCAAAAACUUUGUUGAAGAGGUGUAUGAACAUGAGGUCCGACAGGGCCCGGGGCGGUCAUGGGAGAAGAACAAGGACGAAGCGAAGCAUUGGACAGACAGUAGCAACAAGCCUGCCGGCCGUAAGGAUCAGGUCGCCUGUGCCGAGGGCUGGGAGUGGUCAUCGGACUGGGAGGCGGACUUGAACAGGGCAGUCGACGAAGAGGGCUGGGAGUACAGCGUGGAGUUGUUCACAAGUGCGUGGACAGGUGUGGAGAAACAGUUCCACCUGUGCCGCAGGAAACGCUGGAUCAGGAAGCGAGAGAGAAUUGCAGAGGCUGACAGCAAGAAAGUUAAGAAACAAAUCACUCUCAAGACUCAGGAGGAACUGAUGAAGGGGGGUGGCUGGAUGUACGCCACGACUUGGUCAUCCCGGUUUGAAGCGGAGCAGGGUUUCGCAGACAUGGUCCGCCACAGGCGAUGGCACCGCAAGAUGGUUCCCGAGGAGGAGACAGAGGGUGCCUUCCUGACAUUGGGAGCCACAGCUAUGAAAUCUGAAGGAAAGGAGGACAAAAAUAAAAUGGGGGCAAUGUACGCACCACGUGUCAUGCUCAGUUAUGAAAAGCACCAUGUGUACCAGUUGAGAUGUUACCUGUACCAGGGAAGAGACCUCCCUGUGAUGGAUGAGGAAACUGUGGCAGGUGACCUCCUGGGAGGCGGCGGCAACAAAGAUGUUUCCUGCGACCCGUUCUGUCGAGUGUGUUUCCUGAACCACACUGCUCUGACGGAGAUCAAGAGAUACACCCUCAACCCCACCUGGGACCAGACUCUCAUCAUCGACAACAUCCGGAUCCACGCAGACCCCGACAAGCUGGCCGAGGAUCCACCCAUCAUCUUCACAUCGGUGUUAGAUUAUGAUGCAAUGGGAAAGCCUGAGUACAUAGGCCGGAGCACGAGCGUGCCCAUGGUGAAGUUAAGUGGCGGGAGGGACCCGCGGAAACCCCGUCUUGGCUGGUAUCCCAUCACCACCCGGGAGGGAACAUAUGCAGGCCAGCUACUGGCUGCCUUCGAACUGUACAUGGAUGACGGACAGCUGCCACCGCCCCCGCCCAUGCACGAGGACAGUGAGACGCUGUUCCACGUGCCUUCAGACAUCCGGCCGCAGAUGCAGAGAACAGGAAUAGAGGUGCUGUGUUGGGGUGUCCGUAAACUGAAGAAGUACCACCUGAGAAACGUGACGUCACCACAGUGUGAGUUUGAAAUCGGUGGGAACGUCAUGAAGUCACCUGUCAUCAAGUCUGUCGAGCAGAACCCAAACUUUCCCGAACCUUCCAUCUUCUUUGAUGUGUACUUACCUAGGGAAGACCUGUACAUGCCCCCAAUGACCAUCAAAGUUCGUGACCACCGACUGUUUGGCCGUAAACCAGUUGUUGGUAGAUGCGUGAUCUCCAACCUUGCACCGUUCUCUGUUGAACCUGAACAGCAAACUGGAUCGGAGGAAGGGGAAGACGGACAGCAGCAGCAGCAGGAGGAGGAGGAAGUAGAAGCGGACGGACAGCCACCAGAGGAGGGCCACACUGUGCUGGAGAUUGAACCUCCAUCAGAGGAGACAAAAGAACAGGAAACUGACUCUUUGCUUGGAAAAUUAGCUGGAAAGUCAAAGUUCCUUGGUGGUCUCAUCAUGCCCAUUGAUACCAUCGUGCCUGGUGACAAAUCCAAAGGAGCACCAGGGUCAAAACGUGGCAGCAAAUCUUCAGAACAACCAGAUGAGGCAACGGAGGAGGAUAUAGACUGGUGGUGCAAAUUCUACGCCUCUAUCGGAGACGAGCAACAAGCAGGCAGCUACCUACAGCAUGGGUACGACACCAUGGAGGUGUAUGACGAUCCGCUUGAGACGAUAAAGACGUUUGACUACCUUGAGGACUUCACAUCAACCUUCCACCUGGAGAGAGGGAAGAAAGGGGACUCUGAUGACGAAGAUGAUGAUGGGUCUGUGGGGGAAGUCAAGGCAAAGUUCCGCUUGUACCCUUUACCAGCUGAUCCCCGCGCGCCUCUCCCUCCCAAGAUUCUGGACCGGUAUCCCGCCCCCGACCCUGUGGACUGUGUGGUCAGGGUGUACGUCAUACGUGCCCUCACCUUACAGCCUCAAGACAUGAACGGUCUGGCUGAUCCGUUCCUUGAGCUAAGACUGGGCAAGAGCAAGAAGUCUGAUCGUGAAAAUUAUGUGCCAAACACGUUGGAACCAGUUUUUGGGAGCUUUUUUGAGCUGUCUGCUCAGAUCCCACUUGAGAAGGAUCUAGAGAUCCGGGUGUACGACAUGGAUCUCAUCUCCAGGGAUGAUCUCAUUGGAUCCACGGUCAUUGACCUGGAGAACAGACUGCUGACUAAACACAGGGGGACCUGCGGCCUACCUCAGACAUAUACCAUUGACGGGCCAAAUGUGUGGAGAGACAUUCAAGAGCCAAAGGCAAUAUUGGAAAGCCUGGCAGAAAGGGACGGGAUCGACAAACCUGUGUAUGAUGGAACAAACAAACUUAAGUUCAAUGGCAACACCUACAGACUGGAAACCUUUGAAAAUGAAAAGAAGCUACCGAAGCAUAUCGGUCCGGCAGACCAGCGACUUGCCUUACAUGUACUGCGGGAACAGAACCUGGUGCCUGAACACGUGGAAACACGACCGCUCUACAGUAAGAUGCAGCCAGGGCUGGAACAGGGAAGGUUACAGUUGUGGGUGGACAUCUUCCCUAAGGACCUGGGCCAGCCACCACCACCAGUGGAUGUUACUCCUCGUCUGGCUAAAAAGUAUGAGUUGCGGGUUAUCAUUUGGAACACCGCUGAUGUUUACCUGGAUGAGACGUCAAUCACAGGAGAACAGAUGAGUGACAUUUACGUCAAAGGGUGGAUUACUGGUCUGGAAGAUGACAAACAGAAGACUGACAUACAUUACAGGUCACUGGAUGGGACUGGCAUGUUCAACUGGCGGUUUGUCUUCCCAUUUGAAUACCUGCCUGCAGAGAAGAUGGUUUACAUCGCCAAGAAGGAACACUUCUGGAGUCUGGACAAGACAGUUGCUAAGAAGCCACUGCAGCUAAACAUCCAGGUCUGGGACAACGACAAAUUCUCCUUCGAUGACUGGCUAGGUGAAGUCACACUGGACCUAAACGAGCUGGUUAUGCCUGCCACAUCUGCCAAGAAGUGUGGCCUUCACCAGCUGCCGAGUCUGAACCCAGACGAGGAUUCUGAGGGUGUUCUGGGGUUCCUGGGGCUGUGUGAGAGGCCCCAGCCGGUCUGCCUCUUCAGACAGAAGACCAGCCGGGGGUGGUGGCCGGUUUUCAUGGCUGCAGAAGGAACAAGAGAGCUCAGGGGCAAGGUGGAGAUGACCCUGGAGAUCCUGACAGAGGAUGAGGCGAUGGAGAAAGAAGCUGGAAAAGGGCAGAAGGACCCUAACAUGAACCCAACCCUGGAGAAGCCUAACCGCCCCUCCACCUCCUUCCUGUGGUUCACCAGUCCGUUCCGCACACUCCGCAUCAUCAUCUGGAGAAACUACAAGUGGUACAUCAUUGGCGGCCUCAUCAUCCUUCUUAUUGCAGCCAUUCUUUUGCUCUUUAUGUACAACAUGCCGGGCUACAUUGCAAAGAAAAUCAUCGGUGCCUGAGUGAGUUAUCAGAAGGAAAAUUUGAAUCUACACAUAACUGUGUCAAAAAGAAAAGCAGAAUAGGGACUUUCAUUCUUUCUACAUUAAUUCAUAAUGAUAUAUUACCUAUAAAGUUUCUUUGUCAAAGUCAUUGUUUUUAAUAAACAUAUAGUGGAAUUCUAUCGUGCAAUAACUGUAUGGAUAUAUGAUAUGAUACCGCAUGGAGCGUCAGGGUUAUUACCUUCGCCAAGAAGGUUCUGUUGUUAUUCAAAUCUUGUACAGGGUCCUCACCAGUUUGAUCGAUGAUUCUAAUAAUUCAUGUGAUAAUGUUUACCUGUAAAUUUUUAAAACUUGUUCAAAGCUCCCCCAAAUAACAAAGGUUAAUAAAGUAAGAAUAAACAAAGCA